AGCACCUGAUGUGUAGCAAUCGCUGAAUUCCUUCAGACCUGUUGCGCCUCUGCAGCUUCGUUUACACACGACAGACCAAGACCAGCAGUGGCGUGAGAAUGGAGAGCAGCAAGGCGUGUCUCUUUGCAGCGCUGUGCGUCUUCCUCAUUGUUUCCAGCUUCGUCUGCAGCUCAGAUUCAGCGAGCUGCUGCACGAGAUACACCAAAAAGAAGCUGUCCUGCCUUCAGGUGAAGAACUACAGCAUUCAGACCAUCCACGGCUCCUGUGACCUCUAUGCCAUCAUUUUCCACGUCAACGGGAGGUUCGUGUGCGCCGACCCGGCGAAGCCGUGGACCGGGAGGGCCGUGAAGUGCGUGGAUGAGAGACGGAAGAAGAGCGUAAAUGAAGUCAUGAAGAAACGGAGAAAUGACAACAAAACUCAAUAACUUGGAGACAAAAUGGCUGGAAAAUAAGAGAAAAUAUGUUUAAGGUUCUCUAAAAGUCUUGUUGAAUGGUAACAGGGAUUUGAUGCUUUUCUGUCACCUUUUUUUUGUACAUAUAUCUUUUCUGUUUUAUAAACAGGAACGUGUAGUAUUAAUAAUACCUUUACAUUUACAAUGGUUGACGUAAAUGUGCAGCAGAGAGGCAACUUUUUAUUUGCUGUUUAUUUAAAAUGCAUGUAAUUUGUGAGAUUUUAACAUAAAAAAUGUUAAAUGGUGUUAAAAUGUGUCUAAUAAAGCUGGAAAAACGU